AUGGAUAGUGGUAUAUCAGUAGGGGUAAUAGCGGGUGUUUCGGUGGCCGCCUGUGUCCUAAUCCUAGCUAUAGUUUUAGUAGUGAUUUAUUGUUACGUGAGACUCAGAAAUAAUGUUAAAACAGUCAAACAUGUAGAAGACGGAAAAGCGAAUUCGUCCUGGUCGACUAAAGCAUCUUCAAAUUAUACCGCUUCGACCCACGAUCGAUCAGAAACAUCCCGUGUUACUAAUGCUUCCAAUGCUAGAAACGAUAACCGCGGACAAGACAGCAGUCAGGAGAUCAGCAGUAUCAGUAGUGCCGAUUCAGUCUUCGGUUACAAUAACGUUUCCUUUAAUCCGAACGCUGAUGAUAAAGAUAGAAAAAAGAAAGUAGCCUUCCAUUCCAAACACGUGUACAAUAACGAAGCAUUUGACAGUACUGGAACUGGUGAUAGUAGCUUCGAAAAAAUCAAAUACAAGAAGAGAGAGAGUCGUAAUGGUUCUCUUUCUCGUGAAGCUCGUUCUGGCAGUAGUAGAAAAGCGCGACAAAGAAACAGCAGUGUUGACAAAGAUAGUGUAGACAGUCGUAGACGAACCUCAGGUGACAGCCGACAGUCCAGGUCUGUGGACAGAGGUGAUAGAGAUAAAGGUGAUGGAGACAGAGAUGAUAGAGAUAGGAGUGAUAGGGAUCGGGGUGAUAGAGACAGAAAGCCAUCAAAUGGCCAGAGUUCUACAUCUUCGGUGCAAAGAACUGCACAUUCUGGAACUCGAUCUAGUGGUCGCUCCAGGUCAAGGUCAUCUGGUCGUAGAUCCAGUGGUCGCUCUGGUUCCCAAAGCCGCCGUAAUUACGCUCGCUCUGCGUCGUCUGAUACUAGUAGACGCAGUAGUCACAAGAGUUCGCUUCCACCAGAACAACGACCAAGUAUUGCUGCCAUGUACGCAAAUCGUGCGUUUAGAGACGAUGAUGAUCGCUCACCGUCUCCGGAAGAAAGAGAUCAGGUAGAUCGAUCAGCACCUCAUCCUGAGAGUCAAGUGUAAUCAUUUGAAACUUAAGAAUUCUGUUGGGGCAACUCUAUGUAAUUCGACCUUUUAAAUAGAUACAGUGUGUUGGUAUUGAUAGUGUGAUGGAUCCAUGAUUAGUUCUUGGAUCCAAGUAACAUUCGCGUAUAGGCUGUGUUGUGUAUAAGUCGCAGAUGGAAGGAAAAUAUUUUAAAGAUAUUAAGAAUAUUUUGACGAUUAAUGAUUCAAUUUGGGAAAGGGAACUUUUGUAAUUGCAUAGAGCUGCCACACCAAGUUAUUCAUUCAAAGCAGCAAACCAUUGAGCAAAUCAUCCAUUUCAUAUCAAUACGAGUAUGUAAAAUAAUCUAAAUGAGCACAUCAUCGUCAUUUCCUUAUUGUAAUUCAGUAUCUUUUAUAGUUUGUAAUGUUGGAGUCAAGACUCCGUUUCUCGCGGUAGAUACAUAUUGCUUUAUGCCAUUUUAUUCAAAGUAUAUUUGAAUUGGAGUAUAUUUGAUUUGGUUGCUUGAUGGAGUUUGCUUGUGUGACAUUGUACAAGUCAGCUUUGUAAAGGAUGGACUCAAAGUGGCAAGUCACUCCCUCAAAAAUGUAUUGGUAUAUGAAGACGAUGAUUAGAUAUUGUUACAGUUACAUAGUUUGUGAGAACGAUAGGCCUACUUAAUAAUUAUUGUGUGAUCUUAUUUUGAGAUCACCUGAACAAGAUGAUUGUUAUUGGCGCAACUGAAACUGUGAUGUGUGACAUAUCCUUCCUUGACAAUACUGUCUGCUAAAUAGUUUGGUGAUUCGUAUUUAAGACAACUCAUACGCAUUUUAUCACAAGGCAUUAGUAAGUCAUGUGGCUUAGGUACAACUUAGAAGUAUGCUCCCAUUGUCUUGACAUAAGGUAAUAAACAAAGUGUCAACGUAUCUUUUUAUUUGUGAAAUAGUGAUUAAAAAUUUUAAAAAUGUAAUGAUGAUGGAAGAUACUGUACUGUAUGAUGUGUUUUGACGUUCUGAUAGACGUUCCAGUUCCGACCAGAAAUCAAACAUUCCGACCAAAAAAUCCGACCUCAGCUGCCUUAAAUCUGUUCUUAAAUCUCGAUUUUUAUGAAGAUUAAAGUAGAAAGAGUUUGCCUGUAUUUUUAUUCUCAUAGACUUUACCUAACCCGGGUAAAAUAUAUCUUAGACUAACGAAACAUGAAUAACAUUUACAUCAAUUCCGUAUCACGUUCUGUUUUCUUUCACCAUAAUUUUUUUUUUUUUUUUGAUGUAUGGCCUUUAACAGGGAAGAGAUUAUAGGAUUAUCGAUGAUAGUGUAUGCCAAAAUUUGUUUCAUUAUUCAUCUCAUUCUGGCAACAUCCGCAUGAAGGUUUCGUAUCAUCAAUUGCUCUGUCAGUACAAUUACCAUAUAUUACUUUGCUGUGUAGUUUUUGUUUUUUUUUUGCUUUGCUCUAUUUAUUUCUCUUUGAUUUUGAUUGUUUUGUUUUUGAUUUUUAUUGACCAUUUUGUUACAAGCUAACUGAAGUGUUUUAAUAUUGUCUAUAUAAUCGGUCAAAGUUAUUUAUGCUCGUGCACCAAAACAUAAAUACAGACAGUCUACUUUACUUUCAGGGUAGAUGAAGUGGUUCUUGCAUGUCAAUUUCAAAAUAUAACUACUUUAAAAAAUGGUGUACUCUGCGUUAGAGUUACAAAUUGGGGAGAUUGAAGCGACUUAAUGAGAACCUAACUCGAGCUGUCCAAAUGUCACGUAAUAGUGAAAUUCUUAACCAUUAAGUGAGUGAAAAUUUAGCCAAUGCUGAUUGGAUGUUUAAUAAUCCGGAUCAAUGUCCAUAUAUAUUUUGCCUACUAUUUUUUCCAUCAAGCUCAAAAUUGUAUUAAAAAACCGUUGUUGAUUUUGUUUUCUUGCAGUGACAUCAAUAGAGAUAUAUUUUUACAUCAGAAAAAUCUGUUAUUUUUAUUUUAUGUUCUGAUAUUGGUUACUUAUGUUAAUUGUUAUUGAUGAAAUUGUGUACAUGUACAUGUAUAUGACUGUUAUAUAUUUCCCAUCUCAUGUCAAUAAACAUUGAUUUUAUAAUAAAAUUGUAAUCUAUU